CGGCCCGGGAGCCGGCAGCGGCGGGCGCAGGCCGGGGUCGGGCGCAGGCCCGGGCGCGCCUCUUUGUCUCGGCGGGCGGCGGCGCGUCCCGGCUGCCCGCGGAAGUGGGCGCACCAUGAGCGACAUCCGGCACUCGCUGCUGCGGCGCGACGCGCUGAGCGCCGCCAAGGAGGUGCUGUACCACCUGGACAUCUACUUCAGCAGCCAGCUGCAGAACGCGCCGCUGCCCAUCGUGGACAAGGGCCCCGUGGAGCUGCUCGAGGAGUUCGUGUUCCAGGUGCCCAAGGAGCGCGGCGCGCAGCCCAAGAGGCUGAAUUCGCUGCAGGAGUUACAGCUCCUUGAAAUCAUGUGCAAUUAUUUCCAGGAGCAAACCAAGGACUCGGUGCGGCAGAUCCUCUUCUCCUCCUUGUUCAGUCCUCAGGGGAACAAAGCCGACGACGGCCGCAUGAGCCUGCUGGGGAAGCUGGUCUCCAUGGCCGUGGCCGUGUGUCGGAUCCCCGUGCUGGAGUGCGCUGCCUCCUGGCUCCAGCGGACGCCCGUGGUGUACUGUGUGCGGCUGGCCAAGGCCCUGGUGGACGACUACUGCUGCCUGGUGCCGGGCUCCGUGCAGACGCUGAGGCAGAUAUUCAGCGCCAGCCCCCGCUUCUGCUGCCAGUUCAUAACCUCCGUCACCGCGCUCUAUGACCUGUCCUCAGAUGACCUCACCCCACCUUUGGACUUGCUGGAGACGAUUGUCAGCUGGAUCUUCGAGGACCCGCGCUUGAUUCUCAUCACCUUCCUGAAUACCCCGAUCGCAGCCAACCUGCCCAUAGGCUUCCUGGAGCUCACCCCGCUCAUCGGCCUGAUCCGCUGGUGUGUGAAGGCCCCGCUGGCCUACAAGAGGAAGAAGCAGCCCGCCCUGGCCAACGGCCACGUGGGCACCAGCAAGGCCACCAAGGACUCGGGCACAGGCGCCGAGAAGGACUCGCAUCUGCUGUACUCGAAGCUGCACCUCAGCGUCCUGCAGGUCCUCGUGGCGCUGCAGCUGCACCUGACCGAGAAGAACCUCUACGGCCGCCUGGGGCUCAUCCUGUUUGACCACAUGGUCCCGCUGGUGGAGGACAUCAACAGGCUGGCCGACGAACUGAACCCCCUCCACGCUGCCCAGGAGAUCGAGCUCUCGCUGGACCGACUGGCCCAGGCCCUGCAGGUGGCCAUGGCCUCGGGGGCUCUGCUCUGCACCAGAGAUGACCUACGGACCCUGUGCUCCAGGCUACCCCAUAACAACCUACUCCAGCUGGUCAUCUCGGGCCCAGUGCAGCAGUCACCGCACACAGCGCUGCCCCCUGGCUUCUACCCGCACAUCCACACGCCCCCGCUGGGCUAUGGGGCCGUGCCCGCCCACCCUGCUGCUCACCCCGGCCUUCCCUCGCACCCCGGGCACACCUUCAUCUCAGGCAUGACAUUUCCCUUCAGGCCCAUCCGCUAGGCAGCCUCCGAAAGCCGCCAAGCGGCCACGUGCCUUCUGUGCCUGGGUCGGAGGAUGCUUCUGGAGAAAAGUGGGGUCCAAGCCCACAGAAGAGGACCUGAGGGAGGCAGCCAGGUGCACACCUCGCUGGCAGAGCCGCCUUGCACACAGACGCCUCUUGCUGUGGCAUCCAGGAAGGCUGGCGGAAGGAGUGUACAGCCCAGGGCACCGAGGGUCUGGUCCGCCAGCUCUGACACGCCGUGAGGAUUACUGACGUGGGAAACCACUUCUGUCGUGACUGUGACAUGGCCCUGCCAAGAACUCGGGCGCCACCAGCAGCUCCGUGAGCUGAGAGCUGGAGCAGCGGCUGCGGCCUCACACGCAGCCCAGGCGCCGCUCAGGGAUGCCUGCCGGGAUGGCCCGGAUUGAAAGUCACUAAAUGUUCCUUUCAUAUGUUCCAAUAAAUUGUUUUCUAAACUG